GUCCCCCCCACACCCCCUCCUCUCCAAGCUGAGUCACUGCGCAGAAGUAUGGUAGAUAAAGGCCCCUUGCUGACCUCUGCCAUCAUCUUCUACCUCUCCAUUGGAGCAGCAAUAUUUCARGUCCUGGAGGAGCCCAAUUGGGUGUCGGCUGCAGAGCAGUACAGGGAGCAGAAGGAUAAAAUCCUGCAGGACCACCCCUGUCUGUCGAAAGAUGAGCUGGACAGAAUAUUAGAGAUGGUGUCAGAUGCUGCAGGCCAGGGGGUCACCAUAACCGGCAGGAAGACAUUCAACAAUUGGAACUGGCCAAAUGCCGUCAUCUUCGCCGCUACGGUUAUCACUACGAUCGGAUAUGGCAAUAUUUCCCCAAAGACCCCAGGUGGCAGAGUGUUUUGUAUCUUCUACGGGCUGUUUGGAGUGCCACUAUGUUUUACCUGGAUCAGUGAGCUGGGGAAGUUCUUUGGUGGCAGAGCCAAGCACCUGGGCCAGUAUUUGAUUAAAAAGGGGAUUUCAUUGAGAAAAGCUCAGUUUACCUGCACAGCUAUUUUUCUGCUGUGGGGUGUCCUGAUCCAUUUAGUUCUUCCACCUUUUGUGUUUAUGUCUCAGGAGGGUUGGACAUACAUUGAAGGAUUGUACUUCUCAUUUGUCACCUUGACCACAGUUGGUUUUGGGGACUUUGUAGCAGGUGUGGACCCAAAUAAAGAGUAUCCUGCUCUGUAUCGAUAYUUUGUAGAAGUAUGGAUUUAUCUGGGGUUGGCUUGGCUUUCUCUCUUUUUUAACUGGAAAGUGCGGAUGGUGAUAGAAGCCCACAAGGCAUUUAAAAAGCGCCGCAAGCUUCGCAAGCUUUCUUACGAAGAAAUGCAACACUACAAAGAGUCUCACAAAGCCUCGGUUCGUUUGCCGCCCUCUCCCAACGAUGUCAACAUCUUUGGCUUCUUGUCCAAAAAGAAGGACGGCUACAGUGAUUUGAUAAAGCAGAUCGGAAACAAAAAGGACGGUGAAACCAUUACGAGCAUGGAUGAAAACAAGUCAACSAAAGAGAUGGGCCGCUCUAAGAGUUGUGAUGAUGCUCCGGUGUUCAACGGUCACACCAUCCUCAACUUGGACCGUUCGCCACGCCAAAAAAGACGCUACAGCUUCAGUGAUCGCGUCACCGUUGCCUUUUCAAAGUCUAAGAACUACCUGCUGGGAUCAGAUAACGGUUUGCUGCUCACAGAAGGCCAUGUGGAGGGUGAUCCAGAACUGAACCAAGACCAAAUGUAUGAGAAUCAACUUGACAAGGAGAUGGAYGUGGAGAACAAAGGAGUUGGAGAUUGUAGAGCGGGAAGUCGGAGGACGUGGGACUCCAAAGACUAUCAUCCUCUAACAAUCCAAAAUGCUAACAUUACUUUUAUCGAUGAGGACAACUUUCUCAGCAGUAACUUAGAGGAGCUGGAAGACAACAAUGGCGAGGACGAGGAUGAAGACGACAACGAUGAUGAUGAUGAUUCUAAAGCAAAAAUUUCCAUUACUACCUGUGAUGAAAACAUUGAAACAAACUCUAAAGAGGAUCAGAACUCUGAGUCUGAAGGGUCAGUUUUCACAAGCGACUGUUCGGGGCACAGCCACUCCUAUGAGAAACUCGUAGAGGAAUAUGCAAAGGAAGACAACACAGACUCGUGAACUGUUCGAUCAACGUAAAGACUGACAUAUCCCUGGUCCUCUGUCCGUUCGCCGGGCCAGCACUGAAGUAUGUGUUCAUGUGAACCGUUUGAAAGGAUAUCAAAGCUCUCACUGCACUUUUAGAGUUUGCCAAGCUAAGAUCAAAUUUCAUAUUAAUGAUUUGUGAAAAAUCAGCCAACUUGACUCAUUUUAAGAACUGAACGUCCUGUAAGCUUUAGAUCAACAAGCUUUAAAUCUGGCUUACAUAAAUCUUGACUCGUAACCCCGUUAGUAUUUGAACCUUUUCUAUUUGUMUUUUUUUAUACGGUUUAAAAUUCAGAAUGCCACUUGUCUUAUUGUAAUGUUCAAACUGUUGUUCGUGAGUGAUUUUUUUUCUGMUCAUAGGCUGAAGUUCUAUGUGGAGAUGUUUGUGUUCCCAUAGUUUCAACAAUUUCUAUUCACCAUAUUGGUGUUUUUAAUGAUAUUUAUUAAAAUGAAGUAUAUAGUAGCUUUUGUUCAGUUGCUGUGUGGGUCUAUGUGUCUACCGUUGCACAAUUCAAAUGAGGGUGAAUCAAAGUCCACUAAGGUGCUGAAUGCCCGUUAACCUGAGCCAAAACAUUUGUCUUAAAGAAAUGAAGGGCUAGAAGAUCAACACUAUUGUAUUACUAUUUCAUAUAUUAAGACCUUAAAAUGUGUUGCCAACAGUUGUUUUUUAUGCUCUGAGCAACCAAACUAUGACUACAAUCAAGAUAAUCAGUGUUGCCUGUCGAACAUCUGAGUGGUGAAGCCAAAUAUAAAAAACGCAGAAACAACCCUGAGUUGGAGGUAUUGCACACUUUUCGUUUUAAAAGUUAAAACCCUGAUACUUCAUUUUUUUUAUGCUGCAUUUCACUUGAUAACACUGCAGCUUCAGCACUUGCAGUGUUGGUGCUACACARGGACAAAACCUCCACAGCGGCACCGUUCUCACUUUCAGUCUUUGUAGCAACUCUUUCACUUGAUUGUAUUUGCCUUGUAAAUAUUGGCCCGGAGCCCACAGGUAGCCACAAACCCAAACUCGGCCGGGGCAUGGCCUUGCCACUUGUGUUUGCUUUUGUGGGGCUCGCACCGGCACCAGCGAAUGAUGUGCCACUCAUGAGGGGGGCAGCAAAGGUUUACUGGUGCUAGAUCAAUAUUCUUUUGACGUAAGUGUUUAGCCAAAAAAAAAACUUAUGUCAUCUGUGACGGUGCUCGCAGCUGUUGUCCAACUUUUUUGCAACAACCCCCCUUUUAGGCUGACUAUAUUUUUUUAUUUUCAAAUCCACUGCCUUUUGCACACAGCAUCUUGCACACAAAAUGGAAAUGGUGAUAUUUAGGGCUGUGGAAAAGGAACAAAUCCGUGACACUGAGGGCUUUUUUCCCCCGUUUUUUGAUUUGAACACAUGAAAUGCACAUUUUGGUAUUUGCCUUUUUCUUAUGUAAAUAACCUUAAAUCCACUGCAAAGCAGAGGAUACAAGARCAUUACACCUGCAGAAUGUAUUUUACAGCAACUCACUGAAAAUAAAACCCACACUUGGCAGGUUUCUUUUUGUCUUGUUCUCUCUGUUCUGAACAGUCUUCUUAUUUUUCACUCAUUCUUUUUUAUGUUUUUUGCAGCCUUUUCAAACAAAUGCGGUACUAGUUUGGGAGAGAUGUUCAAGAGGUUUCUAGAAUAUUAGCUUAAGAACAAGUUAGACUGGUUUUUCAAAGUUUGUCCCCCCUUUCUAUUGCUCCACUGUGUGACAACUCCAAUGUAUAGUUCUGUUUUUGUUAAAUUAUUCAUAUUUGUAAGUUUGUACAUGAAUUUCAGCAAAACUGUUUCUUGUAAAAAAAUAAAUAAAUGUUUAAUAAAA